CUUCCGGUUUAACAGGUGCUUGCAGCUCUGUACAGCAAAUAUGUCAAAGCUGUUAAAACUAGGGGUUUUAAAGUAUUUUAAGCCUUCCAGUGUUUUUAUAGAAAAUUUAGCCAGAACUUCAUCCACAGCCACAAGAGUCUGUUCAUGUGGUUCAUAUGUACAAAACAUUAAAAGAAGACAGAAAGAACAACAGACAUACAGACAAAACACUCAAUUGUAUAGUUCAACAACAACUGACAGUUUGAACAACUCUGAAUUAUCAGUAAAUAAGUAUGAAGAAAUAUCAGAAGAAACAUUACAGUCCUUGUCUGACAAAUUUGACCUAUUAGCAGAAACUAAGGACUGUGAUCCUGAAUAUGAUGUAACAUAUGCGGAUGGUGUGUUAACAGUGAAGAUCAGUGAUAAAUGGGGAACGUAUGUGAUCAACAAACAGUCACCUAAUAAACAGAUCUGGUUAUCAUCUCCUAUUAGCGGUCCAAAAAGAUAUGAUUUUACAAAUGGUACUUGGAUUUAUUCUCACGAUGGAGGAGCGUUACACCAGUUAUUAACAGAAGAAAUAUCCCAAGCUCUGUCUAGUAACAUUGAUUUCAGUGACUGUGAAUACUCAAAUCGUUAAAAGGUGGUAUAGAUUGUUAUGUUUUCAUUUAUAUGUUUGUUAUUGCAUGCAGGUGUGAUAUCAUGUUAUUUUGUUAUUUUUUACAUCCGAAUGAUAUGAAAUAAAAUCUACUAAUUUAAAAUU